GGCACCAACCACCACCUCCAUCAUCAGAAUGUUUGCUCCGACUCUAGAAAUCCCAAGAAACGUUGCGAAAAACAUAUGGCCAUCAGUGCUCCAACCAUUCCGUUUUCGACCAGUUGACAGCCUCAUUAACUCACCUCUGCUUUCCCACAGUAGCAUCACAGAGACGGAUCAGCAGCAAUUUUCUUUCUGGUCGACUGAUCAAAUCAUUCUGGUCUUUGCACAACAAAAGCUGCUGAAAUUGUGCUCCAAUCUUUUGGGUUGUCUAUAUAAGCUCACACCCAUCUUGUGCGUGGUUGUGAAUAUCAGAUGUCGUGUUUGAUCCACUGAUUGCAGCAUGGAGCACGCAAGAAAUGGUGGUUUGAAGGUCAGCUGUGAGGAGCAGGAGCUGUUCGGGCGGCGCCCGAACGGCACCUUACCCGCCUCCAUCGGACUAACUGGGAGGGCCGUGGACAGCGGCCCGGCAACGGCAAGGGUGCCAUUGCCGCCGGAGAGCGCCCCGAGCCGGCAGGGCACUUGCGCUGACGGCGAGCUCGACGUGUUCUCGGCUGAGCGUUACUUCAAGGGCGCAAUGGAUGGCCACCACCAGGAGGGCCCCGCCACGCCCACGCGCGUGGAGGCUGUGGCCGCGGGGGCGAGGCCGGCUGUGCCGGUGAGCGAGCCGGCGUGGACGCGCGUGUCGUCGGCGAGCGCCGGCUCGGUGGGCAGCGCCAACAGCCAGGCCGUUCUCCUCCGGGAUGCGCGCCGCCGCCCGCGAUACCACUGCAUGAAGUGCUGCCUCCAGGUCGGCGUGCUGCUGCGUCUGUGCUCUGGAAAGCGGGCCGUGCGCGUAGACGGCGCGGCCGCCGUGGCGACGGAGACGGCCGGAUCGAGCAAGCUAGCGGCGCCGGGGGGCGAGAUCGAGUGGUACAAAGACCUGAGGAGGGAGAAGGCUGGCCUCGGGUCCGGGAUAACCGGAGACGGCCACCGUGGCGUGGUUGCUGGCCUCCGGCCAAAUUUGAAUCUCGAGGCAGCAGGAGUGGCAGCCGUCGGGAGGGAAGAGAAGGGGGCCGAGUACACGAGCGCGAGCUGCAGCAGAGGAAGCUUCACUCUUCCAGCACCGGUGAAAGUCGGCUGCGGCAGAGGCGGCGACGACGGCGAUGGCGGGAGUGAGUCGAGCUCGGACCUGUUCGAGAUCAAGAGCCUAAUGAUCGAUGACUGCCCGCACGAGCCCAGCGAGGCGAGCAUCCAGUGGAGCGUGGUGACCGCGAGCGCGGGCGGCGGCUGCCCAGGCGCCCCGGCGGCCGUGACACAGAACAUGGACAGGCCGGUUACGCUAUUGACAGAGUGCCUGAGCCGCAGGCCAGUGGAUGUGUGAUGUGUCGGCGGUGUCCGUGGUGUGCAGGUUCCCCGACCCACCGGCGUCGGCGCCAGCGCAUUGACGGGUAGCACAGGCGUAGAAUGCUGUUAUGCAAGUACCGUUCUUUGCUUGUUUGAGCUUGACCCUACAUUUUUCUAUUUUGUUUUUAAGUUCGUCGUGUUUAUGCUCCCUCUAUUUCAGAUUAUAAUGAGAUUAUAGCGGAAUUCACUUUGA